AUACCGCCCAGAUAUGACUUACUCCACGCAGCUGUUAUUAAAAGCGGAUGAACGGAUUACAUUAAGACGUAUAAUAUAAAAGUGGUAACUGAACUUCGACAACCAUCCCCAGGAGUGCAAAAUCUGAUAAGGAAUAAAUCAAGAGAGAUAAUGCGUAGUAUAUAAGUCCGAUUAGCCGGGUAGCCUUCCUAAGUUAGUGUACCAAGAUUGCCAUUGAUUUGGCCGUGUGAGAUCGAUGUGUGGUGCUCUACCAUACGUACGGAGAUGCCAUGUAAUGCCACGGACUUCUACUCCCAGAGACGCUACUACGGAAUGGUUUACGAAAAUCAUACACAGCUAGAGGCUGAUAUAGAGCUAGGUUUGUGAAAAUUGCGUCAUAUGGUAAAAUAAUCGAGUGAGGCACCAUCUACUUGGAAGUUUCGUUACGGAUGGUCGCAGUCUUCUUGUACUGUUUACAGUAAAAAUAGUAAAACAGGUGACACAGUCACCGAACAGCUUUUGCAGCUAUCGCAAAUUAAUUAUGAUCCGUACGUUAGGUAAAUAGCUGUUUACCUGUAAAAUAGCUAUAGGUUUUUUCUACUGAACUAUAUUGGCAGUGUGUAUGUGACCAAUGAAAAUUGUGUUAGCAGUUCAUAAAUAAUAUCUUACGUUCAUGAAACAAAUUAGAUGAAAACUGACAACGACGUCGGUAGGUGUGAGUGCCGCUUGGGGAAUAUAGUAUUGGCUGUUCGCUUCAUCUGCUACACAAUACCCAAUCAAGCAUCUCCUUGUAGAUGAUUUGGUGCUGGGCUAGAAUGGAUCACACCUGAGACCGAAGUUACACGUGAAACUGCCAUGGACAUCCAGGGCUCGCUUCUAUGCGAUCUUACGGAGAGUCUGAAAUCUCACUGCUCUCUGAGCUUAAGGCCACUUCGAGGCCGGCGGCAGCAUUCCAUGGAUAAUCAUGUGGACGAUGGUUACCUGAGACACCAUAGCGACCAUCGUAUCCGCACGCGGAGACAGGAUGCCGACGCAGACGUCUGCUUCCACUGCCUUAGAAAUGCCCUGCACUGCUACAACAUUGUCAUCCUUAUUAUGGGCGUUGGUGCCCUGGCGGUGGGGAUCUGGCUCCUUGUCACCGACUUCAGUGCGCGUGAAGUUUCCGUGGUAAUAGAUUCAAACCUAUUUGAGAUAGGGACAUAUUUGAUUCUAGCAGGUGGAGGAUUAAUCGCACUCUUGGCCUUCUGUGGCUGCUGUGGUACAAUGAGAGAGGAUCGCUGUAUACUCGGAUUUUAUGGUGUAGUGCUGGUCCUUGUUUUCAUGGCUCUGAUUGUGGGCGGUGUGUUGGCCUUUAUGUUCAGAGAAAAUAUGACAACUGAUUUUAAAGAAAAGCUGGUGCAUACGAUAGAAAAACAGUACGGUUAUGAAGUACGAACAAACACUCAUAACAGACUUGUCACUGAUGCCUGGGAUUCAAUACAGAGAAAAUUAAAGUGCUGUGGUGCCUAUGGAAAUCACAGUAGCGACUUUUCCUGGGCGAUAUACAAACAGCACAGUGAUUGGUGGGCUAGGAGACCCUCACGUGACAAGUAUCCCAUGGUACCGGACAGUUGUUGCGUACCAGAUAUGGACAAGGAGAAGUGCCAGGGUCGUGUGUUUAUAGAGGGUCCACCAAACAAAGGACCACCCUUCAAGUCUUCUCAUAAAGAAAAUCCACAUUUAUAUACUGUGGGCUGUUAUGAUAAAGUCAUUGACUAUAUGUUGCAACACUCAUUAAUUCUGGGAGCUGUAGCCUUUGCUGUACCUAUUUUCCUGAUCGUUGGUACUAUUAUAGCAUUCUGUUUGUGUGCAAGAGUGAAGAAAGGAGACGACGAUGAAGAGGAUAUAUAAAACUGCUGUAGAUGACCCCUGUUUUAUUUGGCUCACUUGCCUUCCGUCCAUUAAGGCACAAAUGGGAUGUCGACAUCACAGCAAGAUGACUCAAAUUUGGUCCAUUGUUCUGAUACAGUAAUCAUAUGCCGAAAACUUGUCACAACAAUGUAGACACAAAUUGGUACUAUGGUCGGACAAUGCUCAUGUGUUGCUGACAAGGUGUCCCAUACAGCCAGGCACAUUGCUAAGACCAUGUGAUUCUGUGCCAUCUGUGGCAACUUGCCACAACAAUGUAGACAAUGGUAACACAAUGUGUUGGCCAACUAGCCUACUGUCAACACAACUACCUGUGACAGGAGUGCAAGAGCACUAGACCAUUCUUUGCACGCAAUUUUUCCAUUUUUACUGCUGAAGCCAUUGCAACAGUGCUAUCACUAUACUGGAAAGAAGCAUUAGAUGUUCAAGCACUAAAGCACAUUGCUUGAAGGACAGUUGAUUUUUUUUCUUUUCUUGUGGAAUAAGUAAAUGCUACUACAUGUUAAGACAUUCCUCAUAUUCACAGAAUUGAAGAUGUAGCUUAAGUACUUUACUGUGAUUUUUGGACCAGCAUUAUGUUGUUUUGUGUUAAAAUUACGAGGAGGAUUCAUUACUGACCUUAGGAUGCUCAUACAAAGGAGAACGAAUGGUGAUAUCACUCAUCAUUGAGUACAACUCUUUGAGUAAUUACUUUGGUUUGUGAAUUAAAUCAUGGAACAGACUCUAUAGAAAGAUUUUGUGAUAUGAAUAUGUAUUGUGCACAAACUUAAACUGUACCUAGGUACAUCAGUACAUUUGGUACUAUGAUAAAAAUGCAGACGAUAUCUUCUUGUUUCGCUGUUCAUCCUGAUGGUAACUGGACACAAACAUUUGUCUAUGGCAAUGUUGUCUUCUUGUAAAUUCAAGGAAUGGUUGUUGAAGGUCACUGCAAAUUCUGUGAUUGAUACUUUGUAAGUUGAAGAUCAGACUAAGGUCAAAGAAGAGACUGGGUGGACUAGAACAUCAAAAGGAAAGAUACACAAAUGUAACUUGUUCAAAGAUGAUUGAGAAGAAGAGUGAUCUUUUAUAAUUCACAUAAUACAGCAAUUACCACGAAAUAAUUCCCUAUCAACGCAUGUGUCACUACCUUAGAAACAAGAACAGUGCCUUGUUACAAAGCAGGAUCAAACAGCCUUGCUAACAUGUGAAAUGAAAUGGCUGUUUUUAACGUUGGUAUCGCUGAGAAUUUCACCCUAGAGCAACAACAAAAUUAGAUUUCUUAAUUGGGAAUUCAGACCAUUUAAACAGCUCCCAUCGGAUUAAUCCAGAGAAAAUCCUUCACCAAUUGGAUUAGGAGUACAAGAACAGGGAAACACCAGAUGGACUUAAUGUCAUUAAUGGUUUAUUGAAGAGUUCACGUGCUUGAGGAACAAACCCAUUGACCGUAGUUUUGUCCCUUGUUGUCUAGACAACCAGUAGUUCUUCUUGAUCUGGUUUCAUUGAUGGUUGUCAUCAAUUAUACCAGAAAGCAGUUUGCUUCAAAGUUUAUUUUCAAGAAUAUACCGAACAGAAUAGAAGAUGACAGGAGUCAAACGGUCAUUGAAAGUGCAUGUGAACGACUGCCAAUGUGCAACUUUGUAUUUGGAUAAAAUGACCAUAUAGUGCUUCUGUAAUCACAUCAUUAUCAUCAUGUUGAGGAAGUGAUCCAUCAAGGAUUUCUUGAAAAGGUUUUAGAAAGCAUUUUACAUAUCUUGUAUUUGGGUAUGUACUUUAGUGUGAAAAAAUACAAAACAAAUUGCCCGGGUCAAACACAGUGGCCACCACUAAUCGUAUCAUUCCAUUUAGUCUUUUAGGAGACUCUUCCUUUGAUGGUCAGCCAUUGUUUUACAUUCCAGGAAAUGUAUAUAUAUAAAUAUAAUAUAUAUAUAGUUGCAUAUAUAUGUUAAUCAGAUGCUAAUGUCCUGUUUAGAAAACAAGCAAGCUCUCAAUGUAUAGAUCUCCCUCUUUUCUUUUUUUAACAGUUUGCUAAUAAUGACAAAGAUAUAUUGAAUGGAAAUUGAGAAAGAAGGUAGCCGUAUUGGUUUCCAUUUUAUGUGGCGUAGGACAAUGGAUAUAUACGUGACAAGUUCAGAGCUAACGUUCGUUUUGUUUAACAAUCACUUGAGUGAGGUUUAUGUUUCGAUUGGUGUUUUUUCAUUGACGUUAUACUGUUUCAAUAGAAUUUUAUACAAUUUCACAGACAAUCCACUCAUAUUCUGAUGACAACCAACAAUUAAAAAAUAGGUUUCAACAAGGUUUCCCUUGAUAGAAUUGAUUAUUAAACCAAAUCCUGUACCAAUAUCAAACAGCACUUAAUAGUAAACGAAGUUUAUAUGAUACAUUUGGGUAAAAACAUGAAUAUCUUUAAUAUAUGAGAGAAAUAUGAUUUAUUUUGGAGGGUACUAAUGUUUAUCUUCCGAAUUAUUGAUAAAAAUAUAAUGAAAAUAUGCAUCACUUUGGCAACCCAUCUCAACUAUACUUGGAUCACUAUAAGAAUGAACUUGUGAUUGUUGCUUGCACUAGUUUGUAAUAUUAAAAGUUUAACAAGUCUUUGUCUUGGAUGCACAGUAUAGAUCUCUUCAAAGUGGUAUUUAGAGUGAUGGCGGUGUUGUCUCAUUCCUGUAAAAUGUUAAACUUGUAAUUUACAUAUAUCGUAUGCAAUAUGUUACAAGUUACCAAGCAUCGUUGUCUUUGUAAAUGUUGAUAACAGUUUGUACAAGCCUAGAAAGUAUGCUAUCAGUGUGUGAUUGUGAAUUAUUCAAAGGCAGCACAGUACAAAAUGUGACCAUGUCAUAUACUGAAGGUCACCCCAAAGGUCACUGUGACAACAUAUCGUAUGCCCUAUAUAUGCAGUAUACCCGAGUACUGCUUCACUACAGUUUAAACCGAUGUCUUUAUACACGUCAAAAUCAAACAGGAUUAAUCAGUCUUAUAAUUUUAUAAUAGAUAAACAAAAUGCAUAUCAAAAUUUUAAACCACCACCUAAUAUUGUUCUCUGUAGGUUGAAAUUUCUAAGUGAACAUUUUUAGCUAUGUAGAUUUUUUUGAUGCGAAAAUCCAAGUCAAUUUGUUUUGUCUUAAUAUCGAAAACUCCAUUGAAAAACAAGCAUUGUUUCAUUUAUAAUUGAAUUUUAAAUUGAGCUGCUAAAUAUCCAUUGUUUCGUGAUAUUUCUGAUGCUUUAGUAUGCUGUCAUUGAACAACCUUUUUGCUAAAUAGUGUAAGAGUAAUAACUAUAUGCAACUUGAUCAAUCUUCUAUGUGGUCAUGAAAAGUAUAUAUCACAAAGAAUACUUUACCUAGACUGUAUACUACACUUCCCUUCUAUUGUACACGCAUACGAUGUCCUACUCACUAUUGGUAUUUAUAUCUUGACAUUUCUCAUUACAUUUCAUACUUCUAUAUGUCUCCUGCAAUUUUGAACAAACUGUUUUGCAAUUUUAUAUGGAAACCCUUGAAAUGUUUAUCCUUGUGCCUCUCCGUUUACUGGCGACCUCAAUGGAUGCAGAAGCCGGGGUUGUGUAUGUGUAUUUGAUGUACAUACGUUAUUUAGAUGUUUUCAUACAUAAAGAUAGAUUAUCAUAUUGAACACUGUGAACAAUUAAGAGACAUUCUUUUGAAUAACUUUUGGGUUAAACAAGAAUGCUUAGUGAAAAUAAGAGGACUGUUUUUGUAUAUAAAGUGUAAAAUACUUAGAGGUUAUCAGCUUUCCAUUAUUGUGUGAGAUGCAUUGUAUGACUUGGUUAACAGAUGUCUGCGAGUAUACGUAAAGCAUGUGGAUGAAUCAGAGUAUACGUAAAGCAUGUGGAUGAAUCAGACGGAAGGAAGUGUUAUAAUGGCAGAUGGUUUUAUUAACACAAAAAGAGGGAAUAUUUCUUGUUUAAAUGCAGUUUAUACUCAUGUGUGGAUAUCAAUGUGGACAAAUACAAAAAUAUGUCGAGGCAUGAAGAUACCUUCCUUGUGCUAGGCAGCCUUAGGAAUCUGUCAAGUUAAUUCCAACAACAUGAAUGUUUUUUGCAGUAGUGAUUUCCUAAAGCCAACUUAUUCCGAAUAACUUACAGUACACUGUCCUGAUAAUCACUAAAUUCUCUUGUAUCUGCAAACUAUCUAUGGAGUUCAUAAUGGAUAUGCUGAAUUCGAUAAUAUAUUUGAAUAUGUUGAAUAAACAAUUUCUACUACUUUGUUAAGAUUCUACAGUAUCAAGAUUUUGAAUCAUGAUAGGGAAGUGAGUAAUUGUAAAGUCAAAAUGCUUGUGUUAUUAUUUCUUCGUUCUUAGAAAACCCCCAACAAAAUUACCAAUAAAUAAGAGAUCCGCUGCAUUUGCAUUACGCGGUAGUGGAGCAGCAAAAUUUUGUUGUUUAAGAAAUAUGGGGAAGCGUAUGUAGUAAAAUAGUGUUGAAACCAGUAAUUAUUGAACUUUUAAUGCUUAUUACAACAAGUAUAUAAAGUGAACAUUCAUUUGUAUUAUUGAAAGCAAAUCCAUGUAAUACUGUUAACUCAUCCAUUCUAGUGCUAAUCUUAUUUUUUUUCUUACUUAAAAUGUUAAAAUACAAUAAUACGCGAAAAUGUUAGGACGCUUAAAUAAUUAGUUUACAGUAUAAACCAAAAUAAAAAUAAGCUGCUGAAAAAUGAAGUUUAGUUUACCAUUAUGUUAUAUAUAAUCUAAUAUGAUAUAUAAUCUAAAAUGAUAUCGCAAGAUUUUUUUUUAAAAAACUGGAACAUCUCACAGUUCAUAUAACAGUAUCUUCGCAAUGAUUGGGCGCUGCAAUCUUGUGUGUGAGGAUUUAAAUUUCUGUUACGGUUGUAGUGAUUGGAGGAUAAAUGAUGUUUCGUUUCGGAUGAAUGAUUAUCGAGGAAAAUGUUUAUGAUUGGUUAAUAAUUUGUGUUGUGACUGAUGAUAUUGUCUACGGACAGCAUAUGUCAUGAUAAAACAGAUCAAUGUCUAAAACAAUCCAUUUUUCCACUGGUUCACUUCGUUGAGAAAAGAUAUAUCUGAAUUUACGUACCUUAAGGGAAACUGCGUCAUCACGUUUUGUAGCGUAACCAGGAUUGUAAAUUCAAUUUUUUCACAUUUUUUAUGCACCAUUUGUGAUGAGGUGAGUUACCCUGGUAUCGUGUUUACAAUUUCAGUCAGAAGUGUUUUUGACGGUGCGAAGGUGUGGAGAAAAAUAAUUAUCCACCCAUGUGAGAUGUAGACUGAAACAUCUCGACUUGUGAUACGCUGUUUUGACGAGCUUUCUAAAAUAAAAACAAAAAUGCCAGCAAGGCGACAAAGCAGGUCAUUUGGUCCUGUGUUGAAAUUUUGAUUAAGGCAUAGAAUGUUAACUGGGGCAUAUUGUGAAAUUGCGAAUUACUCUUUUGGCAAAAAAAAUCCUUUUAACUUGUAUACCAUAAGCGGCACAUUGCUGCAUUUUGGUCGAAAUGAUGUUGUGAAAGUAUGAUGAGCGAAAGGUAAUAUGUGUAAGAGUUUGUAAUAAUGAACUAGUCAAUGCUGUGAGUAGAUGCUCAUUUUGUACAUUCUUUUUCAUCCGAAUUCAUUGUUUGAUCAUUAACCAGGUGCGAGCGUGUUUGAUUUUGACAGUGUUACACGGCGGUGGUGAAAGCUGUUUAUACUGUUUUCUACCUGUCGAUAAUAUAAUGAGCUUUUCACUUCGUUCUGAGUGUAUGUUAUAAUGGAUGUGAAAAACAUACACUUGUUAGCAUUUUAAAUUGUUCAUUUUGUAAAACGGUAAUGGAGAAUAUCCAUGACCAGAAAUAUAUACAAAAUAUAACACCGCAGUGGUUGCACUUGUAGAAGGAGGCUGAAGAUAGAAAAAACGAGUUUAUGAUACUGUUUCUCACUUUGUUACUAUAUUUAUUAAAAAAUAGAUUGUAGAUAUUUAUAUGUUUGCAAAUAUUAUUUCUUAAAUAACAUAUCUGUGAUUUUAUAAAACUUAUUUUGAUUGUUAAGAUAUAGAAUAUUUUAAUUGUUUACGAAUGAUUGGAAAUUAUAUUUUGCUUUUUUCAUUACUGUAACGGGGUGUGUUAUUUAUGCGUGUCCUACACGGAAGUUCCACGAUACUGGAACAUUUUCAUUAUAUCCAAGUAAAAAUCAAUAUUUUGCAAUUUUGAAACGAAAUUGAAAUACAAAGUUGUCGCAACGUUUGGUAUUGUCCCAGAAUUGAAUGAAGAUCUUAUUUAUAAACCAGUUGUUUCGUUUAUUAAAUCUUCUUUAUAUUUUAAUGCUCAGUAUAGCGAAACUAUUGAAGUUAACAUAAUUACUUAUUUAAUGACUUGUUAUGUAGAACUACAACUUGUAUGUGUUAGAUAAUUGCCUGGAAGUGUGUUUAUAUCCCUGAUGAUGCGCAAGUUUCAUGUGGGAGAGAUUGUCGACCUGUUGCGGAAAUAUUUCGUAUAUUAAAAUCUCACUUGAAUCGCUUUCAUGCAUCGUUCAUUUCGGUUCGUAACAGAAGGUUCUGUACUACUAUAUUAUCGUUUCAUUUAUAUUUGAUCAGAUUUUCGAUUAAAAAAUAAAUAUUUUCAUAAAAAUA